AUGCGUUUCAACAGCAUGGAGGUAGAAUUAAUCAGAGAGCAAGUCAAGUGGUUGGUGUCACUGUCCAUGUGGGUGUCACUACAAGAGGUGCUUCAAGAUGGAGACCAAGUCGGGAAGCUGUUCGCCCUCGUGUGCAACCCCCAUGUGCCCUCUGCCUGGCACGACACAGAGAUACUGCUCCGUCGCAUUGUUGACCCGAUGUGUCAUGCCGUUGCCCUGUGCUGCUACAUCGCAGUGGCUGUUAUCCACUUUGUCUUGCCGCAGCUGCGAGAUCUUGUGGGCAACAUGGUGACCACACUGUGUGUUUGUCUGGCCGUCGGACAAGUGGCCGAUACUGUCCGAAUAUUCACAGAGUUCACCAGUCCCAGAGUAUAUCUUCUGGCAGAUGCCAUUCUUUAUGCGAGUCUCCUUGGAGCUUUCUUCUGGCUCAACAGUGCAGGCUACUACAUUUGGAAAACCUUCAGGUCACGCAACGUGUUCUUAAGGAUCACAGACGGCCGCAAGUACUGCUACUACUCUAUGUACGUCUGGUCCUGCACGGUGGGUAUGACUCUGUUUGCAGUGUUUGCCCACCUCACUCUGGACAGUGAUGACAACACGAUGGCAAUUGCAGAUAAAAACACCCCCCAAAAUCCUGAAGGUGCCAUCGGAUGGCUGGGCGUUGCAGUGUUUUUUACUCCAAUCGCAUUCACAGUUCUUAUCAACAUCUACUUCUAUGCGUCUACAGUCAACAUCAUCAAGAGGAUGUCAACUUAUGGCCGGAUACAUCAUAAGAUGAAGUACAGCUUUGUGACAUUCGGCAAGUUGUUCCUGGUAAUGGCUCUGGGUUGGGUGUUCCUGCUCCUAGCAUGGACUCCACAGUCCGGACUGUAUUACAGCUACAUGGUCAGCAAUGCUCUACAAGGACCCCUGGUCUUGUAUAUUUGUGUCUGCAGCCAGAAGCGUGUCAAAUUCCUGCUACGCAAGGCAUGCUGCUACGAUAAGUGCUGCUGCAUCUGCUGCCGGCCCAAGGAGAACGAGGUGCCCGAGUGGGGCGAGGAGUCUAUGGCGAUGAACACCCGAUAGCAUCCGCUCACACUCGCCCACCUGGCACUUAUUUAUUUUUUCACAUUGAAAAGCAUUGUAUAUAAUCGAAGAGUGACUGUUGUAUGACGAAGUAAUGAACUCGAAGUGUUACCAAACUAACUGAAUAGCCUACUAUAGGACAAGACAUAUGCGAUGAUCAGAGAGAAGUAAAGUUUGGCAGCUAGAUUGAUGGACAAUUACUUGUUGUAAAUAUUCCGCUUUUUAUAACUAAAGUUUAGUAUUUUUAUAACUAUAACUGCAUUUCCUGUAGAGAUCUCAUUGAUAUGGGUAUUACAGAUAUUUUUUUGCAAUAUUGUGAGUAGCAUUUUCAAGUAGAUUAAGUUUGGAUAUUAAACUUAGAUUGAACUAAUUCAUAUUACAUAUAAGAUUCAAAUUAAAAUAAACAACUUAAAUAAAUUUUUUUAUUUGAAAGAUUUUUACGCCUAUUUAAAUAUAAGAAAUAAAUUAAGUAUUCUGUGUACAACAUUCUAGUUUGAGAAAUUUUAAAUCUAUCAAGUACUUUUUUUAUCCUUAAUAUAAGAACUUUUACUAUUUUUAAAAUUAAUUAAAUUAAAAAGAAUAAAAAUAAUAACAAGAGUAACUUUAAACAUAGGAUAUGCUCUAAAACAUACUUAAUUAUACAGUUCAUCUUUCAUAACAGUAUUAAUCCUUUGAGGACCAUAAAAAGGAUUUUUUUUUUUAAUUUAAUCAGUGACAAGUACAUUUGGUGUUUGGAGAAUUACUAGAACAGAAAUUUGUGUUUCCUACAAUUUUCAUCUAAAAGCAAUUAAUUUAAGUAAAUAAUAAGAUAUUUAAAUGAUUUUUUUCAGCUUGUUAUUGAGGAUUAAAUACUCUAAGAUAAUUUGUUAUUAAUUUAAAAAUUCAAAUAAAUACACACACACAUACAUAUAUAUAUAUUUUAAGUCCACUCACCCGGCAAGUGAGAAAUCCGGGUUCGAGUCCCGUUGGAGCAAGUACUUUUUGUGAUUCAAUGUUUCUUUAUAUAAAUUAUGUACAUAGAUUUUUUUUCAAAUCUUGGGUUUUGUUACAUUGUACCUAAAAAACAAUUUACCUUUUGGAGACUAUUAUUUGUAAUUGCAACCUGCUACAAAAUAACCAAAAUUCCACGACUUGAGCGAACUUUCAUUAAAAUAUAAAGACAAAUUUACAAUAAAGCAAUAGGCAAAAUUAUCAAAUACGAGAGUCACGCUGAGAGUUUUGAGAUGAAUGAAGAGUUUAUUUAUAAGUCUUAUCAAACAUUAGGCGUGUUCAGUGUACCAACUUCCUGUGAUAGUUCUUUGUCCUUGCAGCUUAAUAGCUUUCACCAGUCUCAUACUUCUGAAGAAAGCAGCUUACAUUAAUUUCUUCGUCUAUCAUUGUUUCUUGACAGUUUUGGGGGAUGAUUCGUCUUCAAACACCAAUACUCAACUCUGACAAGUUGGAACGUCAUGAAAUGGUACAUACGUCUCAUGGCCAAUGACAAUUUUGGAAAUAAUUUGAUGACCAUGCUUAUUAGGCAGUUGGAGGGUCUGCUGGCUGAUUCUCACAUGCUCAGCUUUUUGCUCAGCUGCCAAAUUGUGAGUUACCCAUUGAGAAACAAUUUUUCUUUUUUUUAUGUUGUGCAAGAUUAUUUGCACUGCUAUAAGUGCAGGUCUGACCUCUUGAAUUGUAUCAUGCACCCCAUCAACUUCUUUUAGUGACAGUGGAUGCAGCCUUCCCGAACAUUUGGUCUUGAGGAAAAUUAUGGCCCCUUCGAAAUUUGUCACACCUAAAAUCAGAAGUGUGGGAUGGUGUUUCGAAACCAAAGGCAACUUUGAGACACUUGACACACUCCUCUUCAGACAAACCGACUUUAAAAUCAUAGCCUGAAAAUGCUGUUACUCAAGUUGCUGUCAGGUACUGACUGAUGCUCGGACAAUCAGAUAAAACUUAAAAUAUUAUUGCACUAUGCACACUAAUCUCAUCUCCACUGUUGUCUGAUUGAAAAUUAUAUUUUUUGACAGAUGUAUACCGGUUCUAGAUGCUAAGGGGGUUGUAAAAUGAGUCUUCGUCAUAUAAUAAAAUAUCUCUAACAACUCCAUCAGACAGUCAAGUUCAUAAUCUUCCUUACUGUUGUGAUCUGCAACAUUUCUCCUAUCCAUAAUAAAACACUAUGUACACUAUGCAUUUUAUACUCAUAAUAUCAUAAAACAAUCAAUCCAGCAAUGUGCAGCACUACAAUAAUAAUGGUAUUGUCAACAGAAAAACAGUGUUGAGCUGAAUGUUCAGGCAAGUGACAAGAUAACACCUGAAGACAAACAACUGUUCCUUUAUAUUGGCAUAGAAGAAACACAAGUUAUAUUGUAUGAAAAACAACUGCAUAAAAAUAUCUAAUGUCAAGAUAUGAGAUCAAAAUAUAAUAUAUAUUCUACAAAUACUAAGUACCAAACGUGUGACAAUCAGCCACUAGGUCCUUUUCGCUCUAGUCCUUAAAGGGUUAAACUUGUUCGCCUUGUGAAUUAAUUUUUUCCAUGCAAAGGAUAAUGCCAACAUUAGUAUUAAACUCCAUGACAAGAUUUUAAUUAUUAUUCUUUACUUAUUAUUUAUUGUGACAUAAUAAAACGAUUUAUUUAAUUUUAUAUGUUAUCAUUUAAGCAAGAAAAUGUUUGACGUCAUUUAGCAUUAACUUUUUUGACCUAAUUUUUAUGCACUAGUCAUAACUGUGUUUCAUAGAAGUUCUAGCUAGACAAAAAUUCCACUUUUGAUUACUAUAAAUGUUACAUUGUUCUCUUUCUUUUUAUUGUUCUUUCAAAGUCUAAAAGAUUACAUUUACUUAUUUAACACAACAUAACAUUACAAUUUGUUUUAUUACAACUGACUGCAGACUGCAGUUUUAUCCGUAAUACUCAUUGGUUAUUUGGUUGCAUACAUAAUCUAACCACUAAACAUGAAAAUGUUUUUUCUUUCAAAUUAGUUAGCAUUGGUGCUACUCCACAAUAAUAAUAUAAUAUUCUAUAUAUUGUAAUUAGAAAAAUCAAUGGUUCUCUCAACUGGAAUAUAUCCUAUGAUAACUUAAAAUAUUGUAAUUCUCAGAUUAAAGAAAAAACAGUCUCAAAACAAUUCAAAUUGGGGGCAUAUAUUCUUUGCAUUUUUAAGUGUAGAGUCAAGAGACAUUGUAAUAAAUCAGUAUUUUCCUCUCAAAAAAUAUUUUAACUCAACUAUUGGACUACUGUUGUGACUAUUAUGAUGUUUAUGUUAGAAUGUAAGUUAUGUAUAGAGUUUUGAUUAGUUUUAUAAUUGAUUCAUAAAAGUGGCUUAAUUCUUGUAUUAAAAGAGAAAGGUCAUGAGCUAGUGUAUUCUCAAAAACUAAAUGCUUAGAAAGCUCAUCAUGACUAUGACAGUAUUCUAAAACGUAAUACAAGAAAUUUAGAUUUAGAAAUAUGAGAUAUUAAGUAAACAAUACACUGAGUGAGGACCUAGUCUUUAUAAAAAAUAUACUAUAGAAUAAUAAGUUGUUAAUUUUUACUAUUUUAUAUUUCAAACUAAGCUGUUUUAAAAAUAAAUUUGUUUGGAUUCAAAAUAAAUAUAUUAAAUUUGUC